AUGGACGUCGAAGAGUCGCCUUGGGCCGAUUCAUCACAGGCUUCGCAACAGGCGUCACAGCCUGAAGCCUCGGCCUCCGCUUCGCAAUCUACCCCAGCUCCCGCUUCCUCAUCCGCCCCUCGUCCGUCGAGAGGGCCCCGUCGCCUGGUCGCUCAACCCACACGUCUCGAAGCUGUCGAUGAUCCUCUUGGUCCCCUCGGCGCCGUCCCCGAAGACAAUGGUCCCGCUCAGGAUGCCCCUCCGGUGCCUCCGCAAAAGGAGCAGAUGGUGAUUCGUACCACCAUGCCUCAACCGCAGCAGCAGCAACGACGACCUGCGGACCCAAAUCAUAUUGAUGAUGAGGAAAAUGAUGGCCCAAAGGCUCCUCGCGCACCUCCGCCUGUCGAUGCUGCGCAGCCAAGCGCUGUAAGGAGCAGCAACCAGCCCAGUGUUAGCAUUGAGCAGGCUGCCAAGCCUACAUUUCAGAUUUACGUUGGUGAUCCUCACAAAGUUGGCGAUUUGACUAGUUCUCAUAUCGUCUACUCUGUCAGGACCAAGACCACUUCUAAGGGAUACAAGCAACCCGAGUUCGAAGUCAAACGCCGAUACCGUGAUUUCCUAUGGCUCUAUAAUACUCUCCACGGUAAUAACCCUGGCAUCGUCGUCCCACCACCCCCAGACAAGCAGGCUGUUGGUCGCUUUGACAGUAACUUUGUUGAAAGCCGCCGAGCCGCUCUCGAGAAAAUGCUCAACAAGACCGCGAUACACCCCACGCUACAGCACGACCCCGACUUGAAGCUUUUCUUGGAAAGUGAGACCUUUAAUGUGGAUAUUAAGCACAAGGAAAGAAGGGAGCCUAUUCCCACUGAGAGCAAAGGUGUACUAGGCUCGUUGGGUAUCAAUGUUGGAGGCGGCAACAAGUUUGUGGAGCAAGAUGACUGGUUCCACGACCGUAAAGUUUAUCUUGACGCCCUGGAAAACCAGCUCAAGGGUUUACUCAAAGCAAUGGAGACUAUGGUUGGACAGCGCAAGAUGAUGGCCGAGGCAGCCGGUGACUUUUCGGCUUCCCUUCAUGCGCUUUCUACUGUGGAGCUAUCUCCAUCACUAUCGGGUCCUCUUGAUGCUCUAUCUGAACUCCAGCUUACCAUUCGAGAUGUCUACGAUCGUCAGGCCCAGCAGGAUGUUUUGACAUUUGGAAUUAUUCUUGAGGAGUACAUUCGUCUCAUUGGUUCAGUCAAAAUGGCAUUCAGCCAGCGACAAAAGGCUUUCUAUUCAUGGCACACUGCUGAAUCAGAACUGCAAAAGAAGAAGGCUACUCAGGAUAAGCUGCUGAGGCAAGGAAAGAGUCAGCAAGACCGACUCAACCAAAUGAGUGCCGAAGUGGGCGAGUCAGAGCGCAAAGUACACCAAGCCAGGCUCCUAUUUGAGGAUAUGGGACGACUGAUGAGGAGCGAACUCGACCGAUUCGAGAAGGAGAAGGUGGAAGAUUUCAAGAGCGGAGUUGAGACAUUCCUCGAGAGUGCAGUUGAAGCACAAAAGGAGCUUAUCGAGAAGUGGGAAACCUUUUUGAUGCAACUUGACGCUGAAGACGACGAGUCAGUGUUUUAUAGACCACCAGUAUACCAGCAGCAACAGCAAAAAGGGGGUGACACUGCUGUCGACCGUGCUCGAGCAAGGAUAGACGAAGACUCGGAUUAG